AUGAACAAAAACGGAACAGCUAAAAUGAAUGAUAAUCAAAUUAGAGCAGAAGGUAGAAGGUUAUUUAAACGCUUCUAUAACAUUCCUGAUGGUGCUAAUCCUAAAACUCGUAGAAGCUAUUUAAAUGAAGCAAUAGAUGCAUAUGAAGGGUUUGACAUUUCAUCAGAAAGUGAGAGAUUAGCGAGAAUGUUAAAUGUUAAUAUUGAUUUCUAUUAUUGUGAUCCUCAACCAGAAGACGUGGACAUAAAUAAGGUAGACUUUCCAUUAGUGGAAUCAAUAAUGAUAGAUCCAGAAUUUGAAACAGUAAAUAUUUUAUUAACACAGAGUCCAUGUGGAAAACUUCACGCUGACAGAAUAACAGACGUUGAAGCACUCACCGGCUAUAAAGUUUGUCCAUAUUGUAAAGAAGAAGUUUAUUCUAUCCGUGAUGAUCCAGAAAGGAAAAACCAAAGAAGAUUUUUAAAGCAUUGUGAGAAAUGUAAAGAAAAUAAUGGAAGAUUAAUUCAAGACGUUCAGUUGCAAAAGACACAGCAACCAUAUGCACCACAUAUUACGAAACAGAAGAUAUAUCAGUGGUUAUUAGCUCACAAUUUGCAGAAAUAUUAUAAACCGACAAGAUAUUAUAUUACUUUUGACUUCGAAACAUUAGAGACUAAAGAAGAAUUACAACUUUCUGAGUGUGCAACUUUGAAUGCUUACUUAAAACCAUUCAUGGUAUCAUCAACGGUUAAAUUAAACGAUAAAACAUAUACGAGGAAUUUUUUCUUAACUUCGAGUGAUUCUUUUAUUUCUGAUUGGAUUGAGUUUUUAUUUUCAACCUGUUCAUUAGUUGUUGAAUUAAAUAUGAGUCAAUACAAUGAAUUAUUGAAGUCGCAAACGGCGGGGACUUUGUCUCAUACAUUAAAUGAAAAACAGAAGGAAGCAUUUAAAGAACUUCUAGAUGAGGAAUUCAAUAAAGUGAAUAUCAUAGGUUUUAAUUCGGGAAAGUUUGAUUUAAAUUUAAUUCUUCGUGAUUUAAACACUGCAAAAUAG